CGGAAGCGGGGCCUUGGGCGCGUGAUUUCAAAGUGACGGUUAGGAGGAGAAGGGGAAGAGAGCGUGGGAUUUCGCGGUUUCUGCUUCCUGUUUGGGGGAAGGUUUUGUUUGGUUUCUCUCUGGGCUAUGGUGUGAGGCAGCGUGUAGACGAGGCCUGAGGGGGUUGCUAUGGCAGCUCCGCCGCCGCCACCAGUUGCAGCGGGCGUCAGUAAGGGCAGGUAUUGAAUCCGAGGGUUGUUACGGCAACGGUGGAGGCAGAGUCGGGAUGCUAUGGACAAAGCCUGGUUCUCUGGGACGGAGGGGAGCAAAGCUUUGCCAACGCGUGCGAGUCCCCGAGGAAGGUGCUGAGACUUCUUCCAGAAAUCCCAGUUUUGAAGCUGCACUGUUGCUGGGAUGUUACCAUCCAUGAAGCAACAUCAUCCUUGGAGAUCUACUGGGGAAAAAGUGCAGCCUCAAUCAACAGCAGUGAAUUGGAGCGUAUUAGCAGAGAGGACCCAGCGUGUGGCACCUGUUGGGGCUUGGGUGGAAAGUGCCCAAGAUGAUGCAGAACAAGUAGAGAGCCCAGCUUUUGCUAAAGCAGCUCAAAUAGAAAAAGAAUACAAAGAACAAAAAAAGGAAAAAGAGAGGCUUUUGAAACGUUUUCAAGAAGAGGUGAAACACAGGGUUAACCAACAUAUUAAGCUGAGGAGAAAACACCAGCUCCAGAAGUCCUAUGAAGCAGCUCUUAAAGAAAGCUCUGUUGUGAUAGGAUUUUCAGAUUCUGCAUUGCAGUUGACCCCCAAGAAAAGCACAUGUCUGUACAGAUAUAACACAGAUUCUGCCAUCUGCAGUUCUGGUAGUAAAAUCAUCUCAGUGCAGCAGCCUAAUUACACAGUGGACUGGGGAGAAAAAGUGCAAGAUGUUCAGUUUUCAGAGCAAGCAAAGACUGUAAGAAAAACGGUGCAGCAGGUCCGUCGCAGACUGGCUUCCCAGAAAGCUAUGGCAAAAGGUGAUAGUCCUCCAGAACUUCCAGGAGGUGUUUGGGAGAGCCGUCCAAACAUAGAGAAGCCAGCAUCUCCCAAGACAACCCCGGGAAAUGCAGAAGAGGGUGACAGUGGGGAGUUACUACUCGUGGGAUAUCACGACCUUCCAGCUGAACUGCGAGAGCAAGUACAGCGGAGCAAAGGCACAGACUGUACAACAGAGUUUGACAAAGUUAAUAGUGAGAUAUUGAAAAGUACCUGUCCAGCACUUGGCACUGAAACUCAAGCUACCCAGGUACUUUGGUAUGGAACAGAGAAAGAAGAAUCAAAGAAGCAGCGUCAAAGCCAGUACCUGAGAUACAGGCGUCUCUUCAUGGAUAUUGAAAGAGAACAAGUAAAGGAACAGCAAAGACAGAAGGUGUGGCAGAAGAAAAUGGAGAAAAUUAAGAAAGGAAAGGAGCUUUGGCGCCAUGCAGAGGAGCAGAAGAUACAGGAGAGGCAGAAGAUACAGGAGAGAUGCUAUGCCGAGGAACCAAGGAUACAAGAGAGGUACCUUGCAGGGGAACUGAAGAUACAGGAGAGGGCCUCUCAAGGAGAUGCUAACGCCAAGGGGAAAGCUUGUGAGAAAUUUGAAAAACUUAGACUGGAGGACAUGAAGGAGAAGAAAAAAGUAAUGGAAAGACAACAGAGAAAUAAAGAAUAUUCAAGAUACGUGGAAGCAUUACGAGCUCAGAUGCGAGAGAAGAUCAAAAUGUACAACAUCAAUUUGCCUCCAUUGUGCUUCUGUGGAUCAGAUUUCUGGGACUCUCAUCCUGAUAGCUGCGCCAACAACUGUGUGUUCUAUAAAAACCACAAAGCAUAUACCGAGGCUCUGCAAUCUGUCAUCUCAUCUUGUAAUGUUUUUGAUGGGGGCUCAAACACAAGACUUGCUGUUCAUACAUUUGCAACUAUACAUGCACGUUCUAAGAAUUCUUGAAAAUAGAUUCCAGAAAUGGAGCUUCCCUUUCUCCCACCGACAGUUCAGUCAAGGUGUCUGCAAGUAGGUGAUUGGCAUGCACAUCUAACCACCUCAUGGAUCGUGCCCCAAUUCCUAUUAAAAAAUAAAUUGGAAAGGAGUCCUGACCCAAGGCACUUCCUUUCCUUUUUCAUGCUAAUAUUCUGUGCUGGUCUCAACCCAGAAGAUAUUGCUGUGUCAAAAAUUAAAUCCUCAUACGUGGAACCUAUCAUUUGUGGAAAGAGGACUUGGAUCGAUUUGAGCCCAGUCAAACCUGCACCUGCAUACCUCUGCAUGUUACCUUAGCCAAGUUUAAUUUGUUGCACUCCAUGGUUCAGGCUUUGCUUUUGAUGCCAUGAGUGAGGUUGUAAGGUACAGCUGUGUUAGUUAUCCGUCCACUUUACAAAGCUUGCCUCUUCUUACUUUGCUAUUUUUUUCUUUAAGGAAAACUCUAAAGUCGUUCUGUAUCUGGCCUAGUCUUAAAACCCAAGCCUACAUUUCUCUUCCAGGCUACCUCUAUCACUCCAGGAGGACAGAGUUAGUGCUGAUAAUGAUAAUGCUCAGUAAUAUCAAGAUCUGAUGAAGAAACACUUUAUUUAAAUGUGAAUUAAAUAAAAGUAUGCGAUUCAACAUGUUCCUGAAGGUGUUUGUUAUACAAGAUUUAGUUCUAUUUGAGUCUGUUCUGGGAGUCCAUUCAUAGCUGAGAACCUGCAAGAUGUCAGGCAAGAAUUUUGAAAUAGUAGAACUUCCUAUUCUUUUUUAAUCACUUGCAUCCGUAUAUGGGGCAAGAAUACUUCUGCAAACCUUCUGUUUUUUAAUCUAUUCUAAGGAAAUAAACUUUAAAGCUGAGCCUUUAGAUGUUGAUGUUGUUGUUGGCAAAGGUGGGUUCUUUUGAUUCAUAACCUUUCCAAGAACCAUGCUUUUGCAGGCGCCAUACAAAAGGAUAGUUCUCUGGUCUUGACCCAUUGCAAUAAAAAUAUUUCAAAUUUUAUCU